AUACUAUAGAUUUAGCUUGAACUAUACAAGACAAGACCAACCAGACUAUACAAGACAAUACAGACAACAUAUGACAGGACAUUGUGGCCGGUGCAGCUUGAUAGGAAAAGUGUAGCCAUGUUCAGCUUCGAGGCAGAUUUGAAGCGAGCGCCCAAAGUGUCCCUUGGAGGGGCAAGUAAAAAGGAGCAGAAAGCGUCACUUCUUCACCGGACGCAGGAGGAAAGACGCAAGCGAGAGGAUGGAAGGAAAAGGCUGAAAAACGCAAUAAUCAUCCAGUCUUACAUUCGAGGCUUCCAAGAGAGAAAACGUCAAUAUGGCAUUCAGCGGAGCCAUUUCGACCGCUGUGUGUGUGAGAGUCAGUGCUUCUCCGGUUCCACACUCCCGGACUCUAGUCUGCUCACCCUGCUCAUCCGCUGCCUGCUCUUCUUCUACCACAACAGCAAGGACACACCCCGGCUGAUCUGGCUGUGUCAGAAUGUAGUGAAGCAUCAUGCUCAGUUUGUCAAGCUGCUGGCCGGACCUGAGAGAAACACGUGUGUGUUCCAGAUCAAGAAGCUUCUUGGACACUGCUGCAGACUGCUGCAGCUGUGUGAGGAUGAAGGUGUGAAUAUGGCUGUCCCCAUGCGCAUGCUGGAGGUGUUUACCUCAGAGAGGACCUACCUGUCCCCUCUGCAGGACGACAGCACAGCUGCUGCGCUCAUAGAGCAGGUUUUGCACUAUAUGGUUCAGAAAGGAUACUACAGGAUGCUGUACGUGUUGGUCAGUCACAAGUUACCGUCCAGUUUGGAUUACAGUGAUGCCCCCUCGCUUCCUCUGGCACACACACUGCUGGAACACACACUCAAACCACUGCAGUUUAUGUACAGCUCCUGUCCCAAGGGUGCCAGGCAGUUAGUGUUCUCAGCCUUUACAGAAGACUUCAUCUCUCUUCCAUUCACUGAGCAGAUGCUUCACUUCUUUGUCCCAGCACUGGCGGACCGAAGACAUAGCUUCCCAUUUCAUGACUUCCUGUUCUCCCUGCAGGCCAACAUCUCCUUGUCAGACCAGGCCCAGUGUCAUGCCCCAUGGCUCUUCUACUUUGUUCUGUCACUCGGAGAAAUGGGCCUUGGCUCUCUAUCAGAAGAAGGGCUGAUGUUGUAUCUGAGCUCUCUGCAUGCUCUGUUCCCUCUGCUUCCUGUGAGUGAGAGUCACGCCAAAUUUGACGUCGCACGUGGCUCUGAGGAUGAAGAUAAAAACUGUACACAGCCUCCUCCUGUACAGGAUGACAACAGUAUGUCAGUGCAGUUUAUCACACAGCUGUGUGUGCAAAAGUUGGACUCAGAGCUGCAGACGAAUGUUCUUCUGUCUCUGGUGUUGAGAGACUCAGCCAGCGAGGACGUCGUCAUCAUGACGGCAUCUAUCUGCCACACCCUCAUGGCGCAGCACUGCAAGAUGGUGUCCAAAGUCAGGCUACUGUACUGUUUGGCCUUCAAUGCUCGCUUCCUCAGACACCUGUGGCACUUGAUAACGUCCAUGAGGACCAAAAUGAUCACAGGGUCUCUAGUGCCGUUGCUGCAGCUGAUGUCUCGCGGUUCUCCCAUGUCUGCUGAUGACUCGAACAGGAUCAUUCCUCUCUUCUACCUGUUCAGCUCCCUGUUCAGCCACUUGCUUAUCUUCAUCCACGACACCGAUUUCUUUGGGGAAUCCAUGGAUGGUCAGAGGCAGGCAUCCAUAAUUCCGUUCUCUCUCCCUGAGUUGGUGACUCUGUCCAGCUGUUUGCGUGACGCGUGUCUUGGGAUCAUCAAGCUGGCUCAUCCCGAGACUAGAAGCGGCUACAGCGUUGGAGUCAAAACAAGCAGCCAAGUACAGAAGCGUGUCCAUAAUCAGCAAAAACGCUGGGUCCAGCUGUUCAAGGUGAGCGCCAACCUACUGAAGAUGUUGAAGGCGAGGGACAUCAGCAGGCCAUUCUGCCCUAAGGGUCACUGGCUGUCUAACGAGGUCAAGAUCAAUGCUGAUAAGUUCACGCUGUAUGUUCUUUCUGCUCGACACGUGUGGAGGACAAGUCGUAUGGACCCCUUCGCUCUAAAAGAGGAGAGAGACCUGGCUGACCUGCCCUCUGUCGUACCCUUCAUGAACAUAGGGGAGAUCUUCCAGAGGCUGAUCAAUAAUGAUGAUAUGCAGGUUGUUCAGUUGCACAAUGGUUUCAUUAACUUCAAGAAGUGGAAUAACUACAUCUACAAGGAUGCAUAUAGAAAACUGUCUCCGGAGAACGAGGACAGACACCUGGCCAUCUUCAAUGAGCUGCUCUUUGUCGUACCCUUCGAGGAGAGAGUGAAGAUGUUUCAGAGGCUGAUCUAUGCUGAUAAACACGAUGUACAAUGGCGCAACUCUUUCAUCAACAUCACCAUCCGGAUGAACUACAUCUACGAGGACGCAUAUGACAAACUGUCUCCGGAGAAUGAGCCUAAUCUAAAGAAGCGUAUCCGGGUGCAGCUUCUUAACGAUCAUGGCCAGGAGGAAGUCAGAAUUGUUGGAGGGACCAUAUGCUGCGGGUUUUUCAGCGAGCUGCUCAAGUCAGGUUUCAAUCCCAACCAGGGCUUUUUCAGGACCACCGACGAGGGUCUGCUGUACCCGAGCCCAGCGGCUGAGAUGCUCAUCGGAGAGAGCUUCACGCGCCACUACUACUUCCUGGGCCGAAUACUGGGCAAGGCUCUGUAUGAGAACAUGUUAGUGGAGUUGCCGUUUGCCAGUUUCUUCCUGGCCAAGCUGCUCGGGACCAGCACUGAUGUGGACAUUCGUCACCUGGCCUCGCUCGAUCCCGAGAUGUACCGGAACCUACUGUUCCUCAAGAGCUAUGAAGGAGAUGUGGAGGAUCUGGGGCUCAACUUCACCAUUGUCAACAAUGACCUAGGAGAGGCUCAGGUGGUUGAGCUGAAGCCAGGUGGGAAUGACAUCCCGGUUACCACGGCGAACCGCAUCGCCUACAUCCAUUUAGUGGCCGAUUACCGGCUGAACAAACAGAUCCGAGCUCACUGCCUGGCAUUCAGACAGGGCCUGGCCGAAGUGCUCAACAUUGAGUGGCUGCGCAUGUUUGACCAACAGGAGAUCCAGGACUUGAUCUCUGGUGCUCAUGUGCUUUUCUGUCUGGAUGACCUGAAGAAAUUCACCAAUUACUCAGGAGGAUACUUUCCCACUCACCCAGUCAUCAAGAUCUUUUGGGACGUGGUGGAGAAUUUCAGCAACGAGGAGAAACGCAUGCUGCUCAAGUUUGUCACCGGCUUCUCACGUCCUCCUGUGCUGGGAUUUAAAGAGCUCAACCCAGCAUUCCGCAUCCAUAACGAAGGGAGCGAUCUGGGGCGCCUUCCCGGCGCAGGCAUAUGCGGAAACCUUCUCAAGCUGCCCGAGUUCGACAACCACCACCUGAUGAGGAGCAAGUUACUACAAGCCAUCGAGUCGGACGUGGGCGUCGACUUCAAUUGAGAGCCGGGUGGAAAGCGCUUGCCGUGGUGACAAAUGGGGCGGAUUUUUAUUAGUAAAUGAGAUUUGAAUAUUAAUAUUGAACAUGGAUGAGGAAGUGACUGUACUGCUAUAAAUAAAUAAAUAAAUAAAUAAAUAAAUAAAUAAAUAAAUAAAUAAAUGAAUAAAUAAAUAAA